UCCCAUUUCCAGGCAGAUUGCUUGCCCUCUGUGUUCACUGCUGGUCUGAUUCCCUGCAGUCCAUGCAGUGUGCUUGCAGAGGGGGCUCUGUAAGACAGGCUGGCUGUGAAUGUGACCAAGGAGCCUUGCAGGGGAAAAGAGGGGAGCAGUGACUGAUCAUAGCAGACUGCCUUUUGUUCUCCAUCCACUGAUCACCAGCUGCAGUCAUAGCUAUAUAUAUAUAUAUAUGCAUGCAUCACAAUGGAAACCAUAGCAAAAAGGAGCAAGGUUCAAGAUAAUGUCCAGCAUCAAGAAGAAGAAGAGGAAGAAGUGGACCCCAGAAUACAGGGAGAACUUGAGAAGCUCAAUCAGUCUACUGAUGACAUCAACCGAAGGGAGAUUGAACUUGAGGAUGCCAGACAGAAGUUUCGGACUGUGCUUACAGAAGCAACUCUGAAACUAGAUGAGAUGGUGAAGAAAAUUGGCAAAGCUGUAGAAGACUCCAAACCUCACUGGGAAGCCAGAAAAGUGGCCAGACAGGCCCAGUUGGAAGCACAGAGGGCCACCCAAGACUUCCAGCGUGCCACCGAGGUGCUACGUGCGGCCAAGGAAACCAUUUCCCUGGCAGAGCAGAGGUUGCUCGAGGAUGAGAAGCGUCAAUUUGACUCUGCCUGGCAGGAGAUGCUGAACCAUGCCACGCAGCGGGUCAUGGAGGAAGAACAGAAGAAAACACGCAGUGAGCUGGUGCACAAGGAGACAGCUGCCAAAUACAAUGCUGCCAUGAGCAGGAUGAAGCAGUUAGAGAAGAAAUUAAAGAGGACUAUCAACAAAUCAAAGCCGUAUUUUGAACUAAAGGCAAAGUAUUACUUACAGCUAGAGCAACUGAAGAAAACAGUAGAUGACCUUCAGUCUAAACUAUCGCUGGCAAAAGGAGAAUACAAGACCGCUUUAAAAAACCUGGAGAUGAUCUCCGACGAAAUCCAUGAGAGGAGGCGUUCCUCGGCCAUGGGCCCCAGGGGCCGUGGUGUCGGCUCCGAAGGCAGUAAUAUGAUGGAGGGUUUUUCUGCCUGCAAGCUGGACUCCGAUACGAUUUCCAUGACUUCAGAUGUUUUUGAUGAGGACAACCUCAGUAGUGUGAUUUCUGAAGAAGAUUCGGAGACCCAGUCUCUUUCCAGCUUCAGUUCUGGUCCAACGAGCCCCUCUGAGAUCUCCAGCCCAUUUCCGGCAGCACCUCGCCCUGGAAGCUUGGAUCUAUCAAGCCCGUUAUCUCUGUCUGAUUUUGGGCUUAUAUCACCUGUUUUGGGACCCCGCAGUGAGUGUAGUGGCGCAUCCUCACCAGAGUGCGAUAUGGAAAGAGGUAAUAGAGCAGAAGGAUCUGAGAGCAAAGCUCAAGACAGAAUAAAUAAUAACAGCGGCACCAAUAGGAAAGCCGCUGCAUUGCCUCCUCUGGACAACAAGAUGAAACGGCUGUCCUUGGAGAAUGGAAAUCCAAAGGAUGAGUCCGGCACAGAGGGAAAGAAGUGUAACCGGUCCCAGAUUUCAACUGUUUUAGUCAAUGCGGUGUGAGCAACACGACAGACGAGAGGGUUGAAAAUAUGUGCCAACAACUUUUUUUCCAACAAGUGCGGCAACUUGUGUGGAAUGCUGGGAUUUAUCCAAGAUGGAGCGACAAAUGAAUGCCAUGAGGCAGUGUGAUAAAGGAAAUGCAAGUGGCUUUGCCAGCAGGCAACCACUCUGCCUUUAGUCCUUAUAUACUGUAAGCCCUUGCAUUUUAGGGAAGGUGGCGAAAAUAAGCCAUCGCUAGAGCAAUAAAUUGCAACAAUUUACAGUCUGUGCCAAAUGGACUCGAAUCUUAUAUGGACAAUUGUGACAAGGGGUUCCUUGCUACCGUAGGAAUGCAAUCUUCUGUAAGGAUUGUCAUCUCAUUGUAUUGUGUAUGUAUAGCAUGAGGCAACUCUCAUGACCAUGGUGGUCACAUUUUAAGAAAUGUGGGUCAUUAUGAGUUACUGAACGGCUGAUAUGUAAAAUAGCACUUUGUUUCUUUAUAGCACAUGAAGCUCACUGUGAAAGCAACUGUCCUGCGAACUUUAAAUUCCCAACAUUGAUACAUUUGAUGAUGCCUGAAGAAUUAGCUUAUCACAUCACUUCAGACUAGGAGCCAUCCACCCAAACAUCCCAUAUAACCCCUUGUUUAUAUAUAUAAAAUAAUCCACAUAAUACAUCUUUCACAUGCCAUACCCUGUCCUGUGGUCUUCAUAUAACCUGCAACAACAUCAGGUACAGAUGGUUGCGUUUAUUCUCUUGGCCCAUAGCUGCACAACUGGACCUAAUGAAGGUUAUUUCAUACCAGUCAUUAAUGUAUCUAACCCAUUACCUUACUCUCUUUAAGUAGUCAUUAGUGGUCAUUGGACCAGCCUUCCUACCCUAUUCUAUCAGUUGAGGAUCUGUACAGGUUCUGUAUGCCACCAGAUAUUAUUAUUGGAAGGCGUAGGGUUGAGUAUGUUGUGGACAUUCAUUUGUUGUGCUGUUGAUUCAACAAUGUACUUUAUUUUGUACACCAAAAUUUUGCAUCAUAACUUGAACAAAUCUGAUCUUAGAAGAACAAAGUCUCUAGAAAGCUUUGAGCUGUAUUUAAUGAACUGUACAUUUGGAGUUUACAUUUUUCUGCCAUGUCAUGUAGACUUACUGAGACUAAGACAAAUUUCUACCAUGUGCCAUUAGGAAUGAUAUAUUCAGCUCUUUUCCUCAAUACUUUAGUAGGCAAAAAUGUAUUUGGUCAAAUGAAGGUCAGUUUUAUAUUUUGGUGCAAAUGGAAUAUGCAAAUUAUGACGGUAAGACUCCAAUGCCAACUCGUAUACGCAUAUUCCUAUCCUAGUUUUGUAGUUGGAAUUACAUUUUAGACCAUGAGUGGGAUCUCCGUUGUCCAUGUUGUAUGGUCUAUGUGGGAUUUUGUGAGGAAAUAUUUAGACAAUGACGCUGUUUUUAGAUACAGCAGAGUCCAUGCUGCUGGUUUGUACAUUAUCCAAUUUUGUUUUCUAUGUCAUAAUGUUUUGGGUGUAUCACGCUAUUUAGUAUUACAGGAAUGUGAUUCAUUUUCCCUCUAGUGUCUUUGUUUUGUGUCGAGUCCAAGCCACAACUUGUGCAUUUCUGCAGAAAAAGAAAGUAUAUUAAAGGGUGUUAAAAGCAA